GUUGCUGGGUGGAACAGCGUAAUGCUGCUGCUGCUCCUGCUCCAGCACUGUGAUGUUUCUGUUCCAGAUUGUGCUGACUCACAUCCAAGAAAAUAUGAUACACAGAUAUAAUGCACUGUAACUCUUUUCCUUCCCCCCCGUAACCUCGAAAGUUUCUGUAGCUAAUGCAUUAAAUGGCUGAGAGAGCAGCUGUAAUAUCGAGAGAUGAAGAGAAGAUCCAAAACAGCAGUGAUGAUGAAGACAGGUUUCCUACUCAAGUUGCUGUAACAGCAUCCCCUGGUUGCUCUGCCUGCCCUUCACUAGACAGCCUUGAUGAAGACAAGGGAAGCUCAGCAGAGCCAGAAAGACUGUCUGUCCUCUCCAGCAGGGCAGUGGCGCAGCUAAAAGCCCCGACUGGCCCAGAGAUGGUUCGUGGUGGCCAGGCACAGAUGACAGUCCGUGCUGUAGAUGCAUCCUUGGGUGCCUCCUCAUGCCCUGCAGCAGUUGAUAACCUGCUGCCUGUGCACCUUGCCUCCUUGUAUGCCAAAAGCCCCUGCUGUGAUGGCAAACUGAGCUCAGAGGUGCUGCAGGUCCCGAGGGUGCCCGGUGAGGCCCUGCAGGCACGGACUGGCACCCAGCAGGCAGGGAAUGACACCCAGCAGGCAGGGACUGACACCCAGAGCAGCAUGGCCUCCUGCAGUUUGGGCCGUGUGAUUUGGAUGAAGACCACAACAGUAAUGGAGACCUUAGAAAAGAAGAAGAAGGAGGAAAAGGAGAAGUACCGGCUCCAGCUAGCAAUGUACCGACGGCUCCUGCUGCUGCGCUCCAUCAGGAGUUUGCAUAGGCAGCUGGAGCAGCAGCAGGCCAGGCUGCAGGAAUGCUAUGGCACGGUGAUAAAUACAAAGAAAGAAGUGUUGAAACACAUUUGCCCAACCUCGCCCUCACCUUCGCCGUAAUCAUGUUGCUGCCUGCAGAAAUGAGCUUUGCAAUGCCACCCGAGCCGCCUUGCAUGCCAUCGGGGUGGUGUCUUUGUGUGCGCCGAGUGGAGAGGAAACAGCAGCAGCAGCAGAUCAAGAAGAGAGGAGACAAGGUACAGCCUUAGCCCCUGAAUUUAUUUGGAGGAAAAAGGAGCAAGGGUGAACCUGUGCAAGAAGCUGGCUCCUGAUUCCCAUUCAAAGCCUCAAGGUGGAAAAGGAUUUUUUUGGCAGAUAGGUUUGUAAAAAGGAAAAAGUCACCACAAACUGGGAACCUAGUUUGUCACCUGACCCAUAAAGGAUGCAAAGUUGCUGCCUGCUGAACAUGUAAUAUGGUACAUCUCCCUUCUACUUUCAGAGCCAACAAAAUUUGAACAGAAUUAGGGUUUAUUUAUCUACAAGAAUAUCCGAAUUUAAAAAAUCAGGAUAUUUGAAACACUUAGGCUAAGACUUGAUUAUAUCUACCAAGCUGCCUGUUUUUCACAAAACUACUAUGGACACUGUAUGUUUGCAACCUCUACUUUCCUUUAAAAUUAAUUCAGAUUGAUCAGAAAUUAUUGUGGAAAGGUAGGACAGCCAAACACACACAGGGAAAGAAAGCAAAAGCCUAAGCCUGAUUUCCUCAGGAAAGUAAUGUAAAAACAAGGGCCUUGUAGUCUGACGUUGCACUGGAAACCCAGGCUGGCAGUGCCAGGGGAAUGUUCAAGGUCUGCACAAUUAUUAAUCUGCUGCUAAUUCCCAAUGGCACUAGCAUCUGCAAAUCAAGCAUAUUUUGUGCCUUACUGCUGUCAUUUAAUGCAAGUUGGUGACAAUUAGCACUUUUUAUCCAGGUGUAUCAGACAUGUGGAAAACCCUGGAGCGCUGUUUCUCCAAUUGCAAGGUUAGGAUGCCUGCAGGGAAUUUGAUGUCAGUAUGCAACAAACACACAGGGGAAAUGAAAACAAAAAGAUGCAACUUUCUUGUAUGCAUUUAAAAGGCAAUGUGAGUCACUAUUAUUGAACAGCAAACUGAAUAGUUGAAUGUGCUGUUUUAGGAUCAGAAGCAAAAUAUGAUUCAAGAAGGAAAGCCACAGAAAUAUUUCCUAUUCUACAAUUUCAAGGGAUACAGAAAUAUCUUUGUUCCCAAAUAUUUAUUUCUGAUCAUGCCAGCUAGAUGAACAGGUUUUGGUGUAGGGUUUUUUCUGCAUAAAAAGGCAUGUCUGCUUUUAAUCAUCCUUUAUGAAAAUAAUGUGCUAUAUAGAGGAAAAAUGUUAUUCUCACAUUAUUUUUGAUAUAUAUAGAGGGAGGGGUAUGUGGUUGUUAGUGUAUGCAUGUACACACACCUCCCUGUAUUCAAGAAGCUAUGAAAGGCUGAUGCUUCUUUUCCUGUAACAGAAGCAGGAAUAAUCUCUCAAAAUAAUCUCUGCUGUCUAUGAGGAGUUUGUUUGAUUAGAUUCACAUGCACACAUCUGUGAACAAGGUAUUGAAGUAAUUCAACAAAUGAAGUGCAGCACAACAUUGUCAUUAUUCCGUCUUUGUAUUUCUGUGCACCCAAAAAUUAUGGAAGCCCCCUGGGUAUGCACAACCUUAGACAGGUUCAUUCAUUUCCUUGGGCCCUUGUGUAGCCUCUCAUGCAACACGAACCAGUAACUUUGAAUGCAGAAUUACCAUAGAAACAUCCUUGGCAUCAAGGAGAUAUUUGAAGGAGCAUCCUCUACUGCCUCAUUUGGGGAAUUUAGGUUGCCAGAGGCCUUUAGUGGGCUACAGAAGAGAGCUGCUGGUCACAUGUGACUGGGAAACAUUACUCCUGAGCUCUGAUCCCAUCUUGCUCUCUGCUCAGCCUUCGGAAAGCUGUUGUCUCAGCAAUGCAGGUUUCCUAAAGAAUGCUUAAAUACUAAACUUGCCUCAAAGGUAACCUGUUCUUUCUUCAUGUGCCUCUAGAGAAGGAUUCAAGGGGUUGAUCAUGGUCAAGAGUCCCUCGUGAAGAUUUUUUAAUUUCUUUCCCCCCAUACUUCUUGCACUAGAAAAGCCUUUUUGUCAUUGUUAAGAGUAUGAACCAAACACAAGCAAAUCAAUAUGAUAUCACCUCCUUUGGGCAAAGAUAUAUUGGAGAAGGGUCACAUCUCAAAAAUAUUGCUGCAUUUUGAAACCAAAUGUCAAAUUGUUCCCUUUAGGAAGACACUCAAAAUGAAUAUUUUUGUUAAUGUUAGCCAACUUUUCUUUAGAACUGAAAAAAUAAUUAUCUUUUAAAGUGCAUUCAGAUUGACUGACACUAUCAUGUAACUUUCCACUGAGAUAUAAUAGAUCAAUGAAAAUAUCACCCCACCUCACCAAAAUACAAAAAAAAGCCGUUAAAACAAAGUAACAGUUUUGCCUCAGUAGCUGCUGAAGUAGAGCACUGUUCUGCAUUUGCUGCAAGAGUGCCCUACAUUACUGCACAGAGCUACCUAUAGUGUCAUAUUUGCAUACCUAUAGUGUCAUAUUUGCAUUAAGGAGUGACUAGAAUAAGAUUAGGAAAUACAUUUCACAUAACAAUUAGUGCAGAAAUAGUUAAUCUGUCAGUCUGUCCAACUAUAAAUUCUUUGUGGCAGAACAGUGAUAAUCUUUGUUUUGUACAUCAUCACAUAAAAUUUCUUGAUCCUAACUGGGAUCAGUAGAUGCUUCUGCUUUAUGAAUAUUAAAUACUGAAAGAUUUGUGCAUGAGCAAUGCUGCCUGAUAGCUGGCAGGAAAAUGAAGCCAGGAGUUAUUCUGUGUGUGCACACUCCUUCCAUGUAGUACUUCUAUGGAUACAAGCAAAAUAAAUAUUAACUGAGGAAAUAACUUCAGUCUUUGCAAGAAUUUGCUUUUCAGCCAGUGCUUCUAGUGGUUACUAAUAAGUGGAGUUGGACAAAACAGUUUAAGGCAAUAUGACUUUUUAAAUUAGUUUAUUUUAGAAGCUUGGAAAAUGUGGCUUAGCAGCUACGGGCUUUUUCCUUGUAUGUUUUAGUGUGUUUUGGAAGUUGAAGGUCAGUGAGAAAGUUCCAGAAUGCCAUGGGUAACUCUCAGAGGUGUUUUCAGGCAUAUCAAACUGAGCAACAGUCUCAGGUUGAAUAAAAGUGUUUCCUCUCUUAUAGUUUGACCUCUUCAUGUUCCUAAGAGCUUUGGUGCUUUGGGUGAGGUCCGAUGAAAUUUCUUAAAAUUUGUACUUUUAUCUGAACUCAACUCUCGGCCCUCACAGGAACUGGGGUAAUGAUGACAAAUUGAGCAGUUUCAGUAGGACCUUUCUCCCCAUUAUCUUUACUGAACUUCCAGAGCCUGCCAAACUAAUGAUCUGUGGGAGAAAUAUUCCAUGCACCCCAACAACUUGUGUACUUUUACAGCAAAGAUUGAAGGUAGAUUAUGCUGCCUGAGCUGUAAGGUCCUGCUGCUCACCUGUUUCUGAAAUGGCAGAAAAUAAUCAUGGGUUUACUGUGAAAGAGAGGAAUAUUUAAAAGGUGUCAGCCCUCUCAUAACAGUUGCUAAUACUAAAAAAGUUGUAGCUUCUGCCAACCUAAAGCCAGAAAUAUUCAAGAACAGAAUGGAGUUAUAAUACACUUGAGUGACAAAAUGCAUUACUGAGAUGUUCUUCUACAGAAGUCCUUCUCUUUUGCAUCCCCAACAUUUCAGUGGGCUGAACUGCUGUCCUAGAGACUGGUCAGAACUGUGGUUUUGCUAUUUCUGUUGUUGAUGACACGAGUCAGUCAAGAUAAACAGCCCACCUAAACACGUUCAUUUAUUACCUUUUGUGAUGUAGCUCUGCAAGGGAUUUGUUCUGUUCCUCCUUCCUGAGGUUUUCCUAUGUGUCAAUCAUAUUUUUUAAUUAGGACAGUGAAAAUUUUAUGGAUUUAUAGUAAAUUAGUGAU